AUGAAGGCUUUGUUAGCCCAAGUGGUACUUGUCAUCUUCUAUUGUACUACCAUUACUGCGGCUAUUAAAACAAAUGAUGUAAAUCUAUGCAAACGACAGCCUUUUCGAGGUCGAUGUCCUGCAGUAGAUGGAAAAGGCCCAGCACGUUCGCAGUUUGUGUUACGUUACUAUCUGAGGGAUAAUGAAUGUGUCUCCUAUCCUUUCGGUCACUGUGCAAAUGAUGAAAAUGAACCAGUAUUGUAUAGAUAUAAAGAAGAAUGUGAAAAAGCUUGUCUAAAUAAAUCGCCUACUAAUGAUCAAAGUACAACAAUUCAAAAUGAUCAUGAAAUAGAAAAAUCAGCAAAUUCAUUAAUAAGUAGUGAAAUUACUGAUAAUGAUAAGGAUAAUGAUAAUGAUAACGAUAAUGAUAUCAAUGUGCAGAUCAGUACUACAUCAUCAUCAUUUCCAAUAAUUGAUAACAAUAAUAAUAAUACUACUACUGCAACAAUAUCAUCACAACGAGCUGCAUUUAUUGCUCAAAAAAGUAAAUCUCACAAGUUACUUACUGAAUGCGAAAAACGUAGACAAGCAAGUGAAUCAGGUCUUAUCAAAAGUGAUUUCAUUCCAAUUUGCGCCACUGAUGGUACUUUUCGGCCAUUGCAAUGCGAAACUCAACGUGAAAAUUGUUUUUGUGUGGAUCAUAAUGGUAUUAAAAUACCAAAUUCAGAUUCUAAUGGUACCAAAAAACCGGACUGUAAACGAAUAAUAAAAGCGCAAAAGUCAUUAAUCUAUGAAUGUUUAUCACCAAUGGAUUCUGGGCCAUGUAAUACAGCAAUUAAAAGAUGGUAUUAUGAUACUCGAGAACGACAAUGCAUUAAAUUUGAAUAUUCCGGUUGCGGUGGUAACGGUAACAAUUAUCCAACCAAAGAAGCAUGCGAAAAACAAUGCAAAUCAACAAGCAAUGAGCCAAAAUGUAAAGGUGGCUUGCAACCAUUACGGAAUGAAAAUGAUCAGUUGGUGAACUGCACCGAGAGUACCUGUCCGAAUGGUUAUUUAUGUUCGGUAGCACAACUUGGAUCAGUCUGUUGUCCAAUUAAUGCAUCUAGCAGUGCUACAACUAAUAUUUGUCAACUUCCAAAGGAACGUGGUCCUUGUGAUCAGUAUGAGCUUCGAUUUUAUUACAACAGCCGUCUCGGCGAAUGUAAAUAUUUCUUUUUUGGUGGUUGUGAAGGCAAUGCAAAUAAUUUUGAACGUGUGGAAGAAUGUGAACGUAUUUGUCGACAACGUGGUGUAAAAAUUACUGCAACAUCAAUUGUAUCAGCACCUCAGCUAAUAACAUCUGGACCACAAAUGCGAAAGCUUAACAAAGAAUUUGGAAUAAAAAAUAUUAAAAAAACUGGUGAAGAGAAAGAAUUAGUAGAACUGAUCAGUAAUGAUAAUGAUAAUGGUGAUGAUGAUAAUGAUGAUGAUGAUGAUGAUGAUUCAGCAGCUAGCACAAAUAUUUCAAAUGAUAUCAAAAAUAUCAAUAAUGAUAAUACUGCUGAUACUACUACUACUACCACUACUGAUAACAAUAAUGAAGCUAAUUUAGAAAUCACAUCGUCAACAACAAUAUUUCAUGAUAGAUCAAUGAUAAAUAAAAAUUUAUCUGCAAAAAAUAGCAUUAAUCAAAGUAAAUCACAUCAAUUGCAAAAAAUUGAUCAAAAUAUUGAAAAGAAAAUUAAACAAAAAGGAACAAAAUUAUCAUUUGAUAGUAAUCGUACUGAUAAAAUCACUGAUUUUACAACUGUCAAAACUAAGAAUACAAUUGCAACAAUUGAUAAAUCAGAAAAGUUUACUACAUCAAAUAGAAAUGAACAAAAAUUGGCAAGUGAAUCAGUUGCAAUCACUACUGAUCAACAAUUAUCUCAAAGUGACGAAGAGAUGAAAAUAAUUACAUCAACAACAAAGACAACAGUAGAAAGCUUAUCAGAUACAUUCAUUUCAACAGCAUCAGCUUCUUCAAUUGCUUUAUCUCCCAGUACAAUCAUAAUUACCACAACCUCACAAUCAAUUUUAUCAACAACUACACAACCAACUGCAAAUAGCAAUGAUCGAUGCUUUCAAAAAUUUGAUCGAGGUACAUGCACUGGACAAUUCAUUCGAUGGUAUUGGGAUUUUGAAAAAAGCACCUGUCAAGUAUUUACUUAUUCUGGUUGUGGUGGAAAUGGCAAUAAUUAUCGUAGCCGAGAAGAUUGCUUUGCUGCAUGUCAUCAACCUCCACAACCAACACCAAAACUGGAUAAUAUCUGUGAGCACAGCAUUCAUCCAGGUGAUUGUACCGGUAUCUUCCAGAGAUUUGCUUUUGAUUCGACAAUUAAUGAUUGUCGACCAUUUACAUAUACUGGCUGUGGCGGUAAUGGCAACAACUUUGGAAGUUCAUUAGAAUGUCGCAACAGAUGUAUCGUACAAAAACCAACACUGUCAACUGAUGUAUGCAAGCAUCCAAUUGAAGUAGGUGAAUGUUCUGGUGUUUUCCCGCGAUUUGCAUAUGAUCUGGUAGCUAAUGAAUGUCGACCAUUUACAUACGGUGGUUGUGGCGGUAAUGGUAAUAAUUUUGGAUCAAUGCUUGAAUGCAAAACAAAAUGUGUUCAAGGAUCAGAUGAAUUAGUGAAAUGUCCCACAAUAGAUGUAUCAUUAUGCGUUGAGCCAUGUAUUUUAUUCACAAAUCGUCAAGGCUGUCAUGAGUGCAAAUGUCCAAUUGCGCAUUCUGAAAUUGAUAAUGAACCAAUUGAACCAUCUGUAAUCACUUCCACUUUGAUAUCUGAUAAAUCAUCAGAUGAAUCGAAAUCACUUGAAGCUGAACAAUUUAUUGAAAAUAAGGUGGAAAAGAAACAUGGAUCUAUGUCACAUUCCGGAAGAACUUCACAAACAAAUUCGGUAACUGAAUUAGGUGAAAAAUGCUCACAACCUAUGGAUGCUGGACCAUGUAAAAAUUUUAUCGAACGUUGGUUUUUCAAUAUUAAUACUAGUUUAUGUCAAUCAUUUCAAUAUGGUGGUUGUGCUGGUAAUCGUAAUCAUUUCUUCUCAAAACAUGAAUGUGAAAUACAUUGCGCUCGAUUUUUCAGUAAGUUUUUCUUUUAA